CCCGCAUUCUCCUUUCUCUCCACCCGCCCUCGCCGCACAGCAAUGUCCCCGCCCCGCGUCGUGCUCUUUGACAUCGGCGGCGUCGUCGUCGGCUCGCCGCUCGUCGGCAUCAAUGCGUACGAGGCACAGCACGGCCUGCCGCACGACUACCUCAACGUCGCCAUCACGGCGCGCGGGCGCCAGGGCGCCUUCCAGCGCUUCGAACGCAGCGAGCUCGACCUGCACUCCUUCUAUGCGCGCUUCGGGCAGGAGCUGAGCGAGGCGGAGGCGGGAAACGAGGCGUACAGGCAGUUCUGCCGGCGGCGAGGCGUCGACACACCACAGCUGCCGCGGGAGCUGAGGAUUGACGGGCGGGAACUGUUCGGGCGGAUGAUGAAGGAGUCCACACGCAUCGAUCCGCUGAUGCACAACGCCCUGCGGCGACUCCGCGCAGGCGGCAAGUUCCGCCUCGCUGCGCUGACGAACAACUUUGCGCCGCCGACUGCGCGCGCUGACGGCGCCAAUGCCCCGUCGCUGGAGGAGGAGCUGGAGCACCUGGGCGUUCUGAAGGGCGCAAACGAAGUCAAGGGGCUCUUCGACGACUACCUGGAGAGCGCCAAGAUCGGCAUGCGCAAGCCAGAGGAAGGCAUCUUCCGAUACACGCUCAAGCACCUCGGCGUCGGGCCAGAAGAGGUUGUGUUCCUCGAUGACAUUGGCAUCAACUUGAAAGCCGCACAAGCCCUGGGCAUCCGCACGAUCCGUGUCUUCCCUCGUUCUUCCCUCCCGGCGCUGAGAUCGCUCGAGAAAGAGACGGGCAUGCAACUCGUCACGGACGCCGAGGCACGCGAAGAGGAGGAGCGCGUGGCGCGGAAAGAGGCGAGCGAGAAGGGACAGGGCAAGGCGAAGCUGUGA